CCCCGCUCGGCAGCUGCGGCGGCGGCGGGGCUAGGCGCUCGCGUCAGGGCUGGGGAGGAGGGGGUUCGCAGCUCAGGGAGGGAGAGACAUGAGGCAGCCUGGCAGGAUGCGAGAAAGAGUUCGGCGGAGGAGGAGUGAGUUUUAGAGACGCCCGGCGAGCAGGACGAGCGCCCUCCGAGGAGCGUGGCCGACCGGGCUCCUUCGCCUCCUGCGCGCUCUCCCGUGUCCGCUUUCAGCACCGCGAGCGGAGAACAGUUCCCGGCAGCCCGCUGCGCCGCGAGGGGCCGCCCGCGGCCGGGGUGCCUGGACCUCCGAGGGCCUCGGGGCCGCCCUCCGAGAAUCCGGGGUGCACGCCACCCUCGCGCCUCUUUGGGUGUGCGAGCAAACACCGGGGAAAAGCAUCCGGCGGCCUCGGGGAGCCCUGAAGAAGCCGAAGCAGAAUGUACCAGGGACACAUGCAGAAAAGUAAAGAACAAGGAUAUGGAAAACUAAGCAGUGAUGAAGACCUCGAAAUAAUUGUUGAUCAAAAGCAGGGAAAAGGCUCUAGGGCGGCAGAUAAGGCUGUUGCCAUGGUGAUGAAGGAGAUACCGAGGGAGGAGUCUGCUGAAGAAAAGCCCCUCCUUACUAUGACAUCACAGCUGGUGAAUGAGCAACAGGAAAGCAGACCCCUCCUGAGUCCCUCCAUCGAUGACUUUCUCUGUGAAACCAAAUCGGAGGCAAUAGCCAGGCCAGUAACGUCCAAUACAGCCGUACUGACCACUGGCUUGGAUCUCCUCGACCUGAGUGAACCCAUCUCUCAGACCCAAACCAAAGCCAAGAAGCCGGAAUCUUCAUCAAAAACCUCAUCCCUCAAAAAAAAGGCUGAUGGAUCUGACCUCAUCAGUGCAGAGGCUGAGCAGAGAGCCCAGCCCCUCCGAGUCCCGGAGACUUCAUCCUUGGACUUAGACAUUCAAACACAACUGGAAAAAUGGGAUGAUGUUAAGUUUCAUGGAGAUCGAAAUAGCAAGGGGCAUCCAAUGGCAGAGCGAAAAUCAUGCUCAUCUAGAACUGGAUCAAAAGAGCUUUUAUGGUCCUCAGAGCACAGAUCUCAACCGGAACUGAGUGUUGGGAAAAGUGCCCUCAACUCUGAGUCAGCUUCAGAGUUGGAAUUAGUGACUCCAACACAGGCUCGACUGACCAAAGAACAUCGCUGGGGAAGUGCGUUACUUUCUAGAAACCAUUCCUUAGAAGAAGAAUUUGAAAGGGCAAAAGCGGCAGUGGAGGGAGAGGAACUUCUUCCAUGUUCCCUCUCAGAUUUUCCUCGUAACCAGCAGCCUAAAUGCACUGUCAGCUACAAUGGGUCCCUAGGAAGUGAGAAGCCGGAAAGGAGCUCCCAGAGAUCAGUGAGGCCCAAAGCUGCCUCACAGGAAUAG